GACCACUCUGCUUUAGUAGUACCCUUAUACUCUGUGUGUUUUCAAACGCAUGGAUAUAGGUGUCAAAUUUGUUCCAAUAACUUUCGAGUGAUAGAUAGAUAGAGAGAGAGAUAGAGACAGACAGACAGAUAGCUCGCUCCGGCCAGUCAUGGUAUUAGCUGUCAGUCGCCAAAGAAUCAACUCAAACCAGCAGUAACGUUCCUUGUCAGAUUUUUCUACUUUCACUUCUGACAGCUAAUACCAUGACAGUGCCAUUUUUUUUUCUCAAUCUUUACAAUUUUAGGGGAUGGGGCCAGUCAAUUACAUCAACUUCAGUACUUUAAUAGUACUUUAUUUUACUGAGCCAAGAAGGUGAAAAGAAAAGUCAACCUCGGUGAGAUCUGAACUCUGGACAUAAACAACCGGAAGAGAUACCGCUAAACAUUUUGUUUGAUGCGCUAAAGAUUCUGCCGACAAUAUCGGAGAGAAAACAGUUCGAAAUACUCUAAACUAGCAGACAGCUAUCCGCCGUAAUGCUUGUGUGUCUUUAACUGGAAGAAUAAUUUGCAACAUCCGCCUCCUACGCACUUUUCGAAAAUUCUCGACUAAUGCACCAGUAUAUACAUUUCAAGUCUGACACAAUAAAGGACAGGUAUUGCAUGUUAACAAAUAGAAAGCAUAAAGAUAGUUAAAUCCAGCGAAAGUUACAUAAGACUGGUUGUUCUGCUGGAAACACGUGGAUGGUACUUGUCUAGCAUUGCGGAAGUGACGUAAAAGCAACAGUGUUAUCAUUAAUCGAGCCGGGCUAAAAUGGCUUCUUCACUGGCAAAGUCGGCCAAGCUGAAUAAACUUAGGAAAUUACACUUGCAUACACCACGGCAGCUGGCUUGCAGACAUGUGUGCAUUACAACUCAACUCAAUCAGUCUGAUGGCCGGCCAACUGAACAUGUUUCUACAUCUCUCUCUCCUGAAUUUUCUUCUUCUACAUCACAGAUCUCCCACUAUCAUAUAUCUCAUACGCACAGAUAUCACAGUCUAGAAAGCAAAACGCUGUCUCCUUUCUUGUCUAAUGCCUACGGAAGUAAAACUUAUCUUUUGAAUAAUGUUAGUUCCUUUCCUGUGCAUUCUCAACUUCGGUUCAUGUCUCAAAGAAAGAACUUUUUCACAGACUUUAUUAAUAACAUCAAACAAGAAAUGACUCAGAACAAAGAGAUGAAGGAAAGCUUGAAAAAAUUCCGAGAAGAGAGAAAUAAAUUAGAACAGUCAGAUGCUAUUCAAAAAGCCAGACAGAAGUUUGAGAAUAUUGAAGCUGAAACUCUAAAAAGUUCAGCUGCUCUCAAGAAAAGACUGGAAGAUGUCAAAGACAAACUAUCUGAGACUAUAGAGGAAGUUCAGAAAACUGAGUUUGCUAAAAAAGGAAAAGAGUUUACAGAAGAAAUUGGUAAAUCUGCCGAGAAAGCGGCUGAAACUUUUUCUAAAGGCCGAGAAAGUAUUGGUCAAACUUCGACCUUCAAGAAUAUUUCAGAAGGAGUUAAGGCUGUCAAGAAAGAAAUUGAGGAGACAACAUUAUCUCGAGCAAGGACAUAUCGAGCACCAGUGACAUUGAGGAAACGUUCAGAAAAGUCUUCAAAGAAAGACCCAAAUGAAAAAGUAGUGGAAGCCAAUGAAGAUGCUACAGGAGUUGUUUUGCACAAAGACUCUCGCUGGUUCCAAAGUUGGCAGAAUUUUAAAGAUAAUAAUCAGUAUGUACAUAAAUUAUUUGAUUUAAAAAUGAAAUACGAUGAAAGUGACAAUGUUGUAGUACGAGCCACUCGUGUAUUCACUGAUAAAGUGGGAAUGGUAUUUGGUAGCAUGUUCUCAAAAACAGAAAUGUCAGAAGUAUUAACAGAAAUCUGUCGUAUAGACCCAACGUUUGAUAAAGAAACAUUCCUGAAGAGCUGUGAACGGGAAAUUAUUCCAAAUAUUCUUGAGGCAAUGAUUCGAGGUGACCUUGAAAUCCUAAAGGACUGGUGUUAUGAGGCUCCAUUCAACACUUUAGCUCAUCCCAUCAGACAGGCCUAUGCUGCUGGUUACAGGUUUGAUUCUCGAGUUCUGGAUAUCAACAACAUAGAUAUUGCUGCUGGGAAGAUGAUGGAACAAGGUCCUGUACUUAUCAUUAGCUUCAACAGCCAACAGAUUAUGGCAGUAAGGAAUGGUCAAGGCAAUAUUGUUGAAGGAAAUCCUGACCAAAUUCUGCGGAUAUUUUAUGUAUGGGCAUUGUGUCGUGACCAGGAAGAACUUGAUCCACGAGCUGCUUGGAAAUUAAUGGACAUUUCUGCUAGUUCUUCUGAGCAGUGGUUAUAACAUAGGACGUUAGUGUUUCUGCUCUGUAAAUUAAUUAAUUACUGCCUCUUGGUAAUCCUACUUCAGAGUCUAUCUAAUGCCAAGUUAGUUAGAAUUCUGUCGAUAGUCACAAGCGUUACUGCCGAAAGAUAAGAAUAAAGUAAAAAACAAACAAACCAAAGAUAAGUAUGGAGUAUAAAUAACAAUAAAAAACAACAGACUGUCUUUUUGGAAAAUUC